ACUUCCAGCAGACUUCCCCUCAUUUCAGGCCUCUACUCCCCACCUCCUCAGCUCCUCAGACGGCUUCCAGCUCCCUGAAGCCCCCCUGGUCUAACCUUCUCCACCUGAAAACAGGAUCCAUCAACACCCAGAGGGGAAAAAAAACAUCAGUUGCCUGCGUGAAUCGUCCGAGGUUAACCAUCAGAAUGGAUCCUUCUCCCAUUUUUAUACCCUGUCAUUCUACGAUGAAGCUCACAGAAAAACCGAGGAUAGCUAGCUAGCAAUAAAUCUAACCUCUUUUAUUCCCUCUUACACUUUUAUGAGGGCUUGUUUACUUCUUUUGUUGACAGAUUUUUAUUUAUAAGUAUUUAUCAUAUCAGAAACCACCAUCAGGCAGCAAUUUGAUUUAGGUAGUUUACAAUCAGAGGAUACUGUACGCAGUGAUGGACGCAUCAACACCUGUGACCCUGGCUGCUGCCACCACAGCAGCUCUGGCCCAGUCAAACCUGUCUGACUACAUCUGGCUGCUGGUUAUUGGCUUCAUCAUUGCUUUCAUCCUGGCCUUCUCUGUGGGGGCCAACGAUGUGGCAAACUCCUUCGGAACGGCGGUGGGCUCCGGGGUGGUCACUUUGCGGCAGGCCUGCAUCUUGGCCACCAUCUUUGAGACUGUGGGUUCAGUUCUGCUUGGGGCCAAAGUGAGUGAGACCAUCAGGCAGGGCAUCAUCGAUGUGAGGAUGUAUAACGGCUCCGAACACGUCCUGAUGGCGGGAUCCAUAAGUGCCAUGUUUGGUUCUGCUGUGUGGCAGCUGGCUGCAUCAUUCCUCAAACUCCCUAUUUCUGGAACCCACUGCAUUGUUGGAGCAACAAUCGGGUUUUCCAUGGUGGCGAGAGGCCACCAAGGGGUCAAAUGGAUGGAGCUACUCCGCAUCGUGGCAUCCUGGUUCCUGUCACCUGUUCUGUCAGGAAUCAUGUCAGGAAUUUUAUUCUUUUUUGUUCGUAAAUUUAUUCUGAACAAGACCGACCCUGUACCAAAUGGACUGAGAGCGCUCCCUGUCUUCUAUGCCAUCACGAUGGGCAUCAACCUGUUCUCCAUCAUGUUUACAGGAGCUCCAUUGCUGGGUUUUGACAGAGUGCCAUGGUGGGGUACACUCUGUAUUUCUCUGGGCUUUGCCUUCGUCACAGCUUUGGUGGUUUGGUUUGCCGUCUGUCCACGCCUCAAGAAGAAAAUCAAACGAGAAACAGCCGCUACUCCCUGUGAAACUCCGCUAAUGGAGAAGAACUCCAGUAAACCUGCUAUGGAGGAGCAAACUCAAGUCCCUUCUGAGCCUCCAUCCCAGACCCCUCCAGCUGAUGGUCAGAAGGCAGCUUUCAAACUUGGAGGCUCAGAGGAAGCUGAUCUAAACCUUGACUUAGAAGCCAAAGACCUGGAUAUUCCUAAUGGUCUGAAUGGGACUGUUUGUCAUAUGACCAUCACCGAUCCCCACAGUGGUCGCUCCCACACCAUCCACAAAGACUCUGGCCUUUACAAAGACCUGCUGCACAAGCUCCACAAGGCCAAGGUUGGUGACUGCAUUGGCGACAGCGACACGGAGGAGCGUCCCCUUAGGAGGAACAACAGCUACACCUCCUACACCAUGGCCAUCUAUGGGAUUCAGGCAGACCCUAAAUACAAAGAUGUGGAUGCAGGACUGCAGAGGAGGUCUCGAGUGGACAGUUACAGCAGCUACAGCUCAGCCAUGACCAGCGGGAGUGUAGUCCCAGAUGGGAGUGUGAUCCAAGAGGCAGGCGGGGACAUCGAUCCAGAGGAGGACGAGCUGGAGAUUGACCAAUCUGCUGUUGCUUUGCUUUUCCAGUUUUUGCAGAUACUCACGGCAUGCUUUGGCUCUUUUGCUCAUGGAGGAAAUGAUGUCAGCAAUGCAAUUGGCCCCCUGGUGGCUCUCUGGCUUCUCUAUGAGAGUGGCUCAGUGGUGUCCACCUCACCCACACCCAUCUGGCUGCUUCUCUAUGGUGGGGUAGGAAUCUGUGCUGGACUCUGGGUCUGGGGUCGGAGGGUGAUCCAGACUAUGGGAAAAGACCUGACCCCUAUCACACCUUCGAGUGGAUUCAGCAUUGAGCUGGCUUCAGCUGUCACUGUUGUUGUGGCGUCUAACGUUGGUCUUCCUGUCAGCACAACCCAUUGCAAGGUGGGAUCUGUGGUGGCUGUGGGAUGGCUGCGCUCCAGGAAAUCAGUUGACUGGCAUCUGUUCAGAAAUAUCUUCAUCGCCUGGUUCGUCACAGUUCCUAUCUCUGGGCUCAUCAGUGCUGCCAUUAUGGCUCUCUUCAUAUAUGUUAUCCUGUGAGCUUCCCGCUUUUCACAUGUCAUUACAAAAGUUGUCCUCGUUCAAAACGUUUAAUUAAUUUGUUUCUUAAUUUAGGUCAGUUAUUUAUCUCACUUAGAUGUGUUCAUGAAUCACAGGCUCUAUCAACUCGGCUGUAUAUAUUUGUGUAUAUUUGUAAAAAAGGAUAUUUGCGUUAAUCAAACGGACAUGUCUUGAGGGGUUUUUUGGAUUAAAAAAGUUUAAAGUGUGUGUGUGUGUGUGUGUGUGUGUGUGUGUGUGUGUGUGUGUGUGUGUGUGUGUGUGUGUGUGUGUGUGUGUGUGUGUGUGUGUGUGUGUGUGUGUGUGUGUGUGUGUGUGUGUGUGUGUGUGUGUGUGUGUGUGUGUGUGUGUGUGUGUAAAAUAUGUGAAAGAUGAUGAACAGCAAGCAUAGACUCUGGUGAUGCUCAAUCUCAGUGCAGCUUUCUACACUGUAGACCACAACAUCCUUCUUGAUUGGCUCAUAAACUGGGUGGGAUUAUAUGGCAGGUUACGUGUAUGUAAUUCAGGUCACAUGUCAGAAACAGAGGUAAUGUAGUUUUGAUUGGACGAUUACAAAUUAAAGCAGAUCACCUAUGCAUGAGGGGUUUCCCAUUGUUCAAUUUAUGGACUACUGCUCUUUUAUCUCUAUAUGCUAUCUGGGUCAGGUCAUACAACAACAUGGCUUGUUUUGCAGAUGACACCCAGAUCUACAUAGCUCUGUCACUUAAUGACUGUGGUCCCCUAGACUCUCUCUGUCAAUGUUUGGAGCAAGUUAAUGACUGGAUGCAGUCAGGCUUUCUUCAUUUAACCCUCUGGUGGCAGGCAUUGCAGAUUGCAUUAAUUAAAGCCUACCUACCUGGUUAAUCCACGUAUGUAGUUCAUGAGCAUUUUUUUAACUCAGAAGUACCCUUGAAGGACUUAGUUGUUCGUCCUUUUAUCAAAACUUAUUUUGAGCCUGAGAGGGUUAAGACUGUAACUAGAUCAGCGUUUUAACGUCUGCAUCAAAUAGCAAGACUCAGAGGUCUCAUGUCCAGACAAGACCUAUAAAAAAUCAUUCAUGCGUUCAUCUCCAGCAGGCUGGACUAUUGUAAUGGGACAGCAGUAGCUCAGGUGGUAGAGUGGGUUGCCUCAUGAUCGGAGGGUCAUGGGUUUGAUUCCAGCUCCCUCCAGGGGUAUUCUACUGUUGUGUCCUUGGGCAAGACACUUCACCCAACUUGCCUGUGUUGGUGGUGGACAGAGGGGCCGACAGCGCCAAAUGGCAGCCUCGCCUCUGUCAGACCGUCCCAGGGCGGCUGUGGCUACAAAGUAGCUUACCAUCACUAGCAGUGUGUGAAUGUGAGAGUGUGUGAAAGCGUCUUUGAGUGUCCUGAAAAGCACUAUAUAAGUUCAAUGCAUUAUUAUUAUUAUUAUUAUUAUUAUUAUUAUUAAUGGUCUUUUGACUGGCCUUUCCAAAAAAGCUGUGAAGAGACUGCAGUUUUAUCAGAAUGCUGCUGCUACAGUCUCAAUAAGAACCAAAAACAUCACUCCUGUUCUUAAAUCUCUGGUUACCAGUAAACUACAGGAUCGAUUUCAAAGUGCUACUGCUAGUUUAUAAAUCCCCCAAUGGCAUGGUGGGACCAAAAUAUGUCGGAUCUCCUUGCACUGUAGGGAGCCUAAGUCACGCCCAUCUACUUCCACAUCACGGGUCCCUGGAAGAACGACAAAUGAACGCAAGUCAACAGGGCUAAAAACGCUAUUUUCUAAUUCCGCUUGUAAUGUGCCAUGGAUUUCACACAGGAUGUCCGUGAAUUUUAAAGGCACAUUUUGUUGUCAAGAAAGCACUUAUUCUCGAACAGGGGGACACAUUAUUUUAGGUUUUGUGUGAGAAUAAGUCCAGGACCACAAAUGCGCUUCACGAAAGUGACGUCAUCGAACCCGACACAGAGAAAACAGGGAAAAUGGCUGUAAGUUCAGCAAACUUCAAAUCCGUCUUUCAGAAGGAAAAAAUAACCCAUAAAUCUGCCCAUUUGGUAAAUAGCAGCUAUGUUAGGGGAGAGAAGAUUCUGUGGUGACGUCAUAUAUGCAAAGUGCAGACGUCUGAUUUGUGGUCAUGCUAAUUACAAACUUUUACAAGAUGAUAAAUCUCAAAGUGUGUGACAGACAUGGUCAAAGCACCCAUCAUUAGAUUUCAUUUAAACUACAAUACAACAUCCAGGACCUAAAGCAAUGCGGAUUAAGAGCUGUUUUAGCUCUGUUGACUUGAUUCUUCUUUUUUUUUUCGUUCUUUCGGGGACCCAUGAGCCGACCGAAAAAGGAGGAGACUCCCUAAACACCCAGCAGGCUCUUGGUCAGAAUCAAACAGGGUGAAGCUACUUUUAGUUACUCGGCUGCACACCGGUGGAAUCAGGUUCUUUAUGACCAUAGAUGUGUCUCAACUCUAGCAAAAUUUAAACUGAAAACUUUCAUGAAUUCAUCUGCCAUUGAAUGAUCGUUGCUUUUGCUGCAACUUUUGUUCACCUUUUAACUUUUCCUUUUAUUUGAUUUCUUACUUCUAUUUGUGCAGUUUAAAUAGGAUUUUAAAAUCUGCAGUUUUUUGUGUUCAUGUUGAUUUCAAAAUUUGAUAUUUUAUGUUUCCACUGUUCUCUUUCACCUGAAAAUCACAUUGACUUGCUUCUGUAUAUGAAAUGUGCAGUAUGAAUAAAGUGGCCUUGCCUCUUAACUUGACGUAAAUAACUUUAGUUGUAAUUUUUAUUUUGAAAAUUCAAGAACUUGUAGACAAAACAUCUACCCACUGUUCUAACUAAUAUUUGUAUUGCUUUAUUCUACUAUGAACAUGUGUUUCAGUACACUGGUAAUAAUAUGAAAUAAACCAGACUGUGAAUUGUACUUAAUGAUUUUCUAUUAAACCAUAUCUCACAUUUUC